CGCCUUAGGCACGGGUUAGCGUAUAGCUCCCUGUGUUACAGAGGAGUAGCUACAGAGCUAGGAUUCACAAGUGUCCUUUAAUGAAAUUACUUGUGGAUGUUCAUUGGACAAAAAUAAAUUCCAACUGGCCCAUAUAGCAAAUGAAACUCAACUACAAAAAUGUAGUGAUAUUUAUUCACACAGCUGCCAGCAAACUCACAUGCACCAUGAGUCAUUCCAGAUGUGGAUAAAAACAAAGUCUGUCUGUGAAAGUAAGUUUCCUGAUCCCGAGGAGACUUGGUUUGGGAGAGAAGCUGCACACUGACUUCAGCUGUACUCAGAAGAACAGACAGGUUCUCCUUCAAAGGGGGAGGGGGAGAGGAAAAUCCAUUUAUUUAUUCCUGAAAAGUAAGGAGGUAGGAAAUUAUAAAGCUACUAUACAGCUAGACAUAUAAAUUCUAAAGAGAAGGAUGCUUUGGAAGACUUUGCUGCUGCUGCUGUUCUAUUACAGUGCUCAUGCCACUGUGACCAACAAAUGGAGCAGAGCUAUGCUUUUCCCAGCUGCUCAGCGAUUCAAGAGGUCCUCAUCCGCCUUCCUUAACCCAGUGCUACAAGACUCGCUGGAAGAUGUGGUCCUGCUUUAUGAGUUUCUUUUAGCUGAGCUUGACAUUGACAAAAGUCAGAGGAUCUCCAUCAAAGAUGAGGAGCUCGCUUCACUGAGGAAGGCUGCUGAGUUUGACACCAUCUGUAAUGAGAUUAUCCCCAAGAGCAUCACAGAGAUCCGCAGGCUGAGUAGCAGGCUGUCUUCCUACCCAAAGGUCCUCAAGAAAGAAGACUUUGAAAGGACAGUGUUGACCAUGGUCUACACGGCCUACAGGGCUGCUCAGUCCCAGGGGCACCAGAAAGAUGCUUGGGUUGAAUCUUUUGUUAAUCUUUACAAAGCCCUGAAGCACGACUUGAUGUUCCCAUACAACAAAGAGCCAUCAUAGUGGAAGACGAUGCAAUGGUAACUCAGCCACCUCUUCCGGUUGAUAAGGGACAGUUGUAACAUGUUCUCCCCUUCAUUAUGUAAAGAGUUUAAUAGCCUGCUUCAAGAAAGAUUAUUUGUUUUCUAGCUCCCUCUUGUGGAAUCCACUUUAUAGUUCUGUGUUAAAUAGGGAAAAAUGUUAUCUUCAGUCCUGGGAAUUUUAUUUCUGUGCUGGCUUGGAGGCAAAGAAGGGAUUCUGGUGUACACCCCAGACAGACAAGUCCUUGUUUCAUCCUGUGGGUUUCCUAUAAGCAAUAUAUAAGUAUACUAUGCUUAUGCUCACAUACCUAUGUGUAUGUGCUAGAGAAUGCUGCUUUCCUAGCUGGGGAAACAAGUUUAUAUUUUGGCUGGACAAUAAAAGAAUAUUAUAGAGAUGCAAAGGCCCUCUGUAAAAGGAAGAGGUUUCAUAACUGUCAGCCUUCAGAAAUUAUGCCAAAUGUUAUUCAUUCAAAAUAUUCUUGUAAAUAAGCACUGUCUGGUUCACUUCAUUUGACUGAGCCAGUCUUUGGUUGUAAUAACAUUUACAGAAGACAAAGGAUAUUGUGAACACCAGCGGCAAACAAUGCUUGUGAACAUAUUCCCCACUUCCUAGAGCCAUCCUCCCAAGCAGGCUGCAAUGAUUUUUUCAUUAUUUGCACAUGACUUUGCUUCUGCUCCUUGUUUUUUGAAAGGAACAUGUAUUUGUCCUCAGUGAAGACAAAGGCAAGACAAAGACCCUGUUUAAUUUAAAAAUGAUACAUUUUUCCUAGUUCUAUCACUUGAACAUUGGUCAUCUAAACCCGUGCUUCAGAAUCCCCCUGAGGUAAGGGAGGAAGGUGCAUUAAAACAUACCUGGUGCUGAAUUUAGCAGUGCGGCUCAUUUUUGAUUGAAAAUUAUAUAUUCACUUGUGUAUAUGUGUGUGUAUGUUCAUGCAUGUGUGUACAUGUAAGUGCUGAGUACAUGGAAGAAUCCUAAAUUGUUCAGUCAGGGAACAACUGUGUCCAACCACAUAGCAGAAAAGGCCAUUCACCAAUCCAGGGGUGGGAAUUAUGAAUUUGGGAGCAGUGGAAAAGCAGUACUUGUUUACAGCAAAAAUUGUUUGUAGAAAUAGUGCAACUGAUUAUUGUAAACUGCAAAAAAAUCAUGGAUAGAAAAUGAACAGAAAAAGGACGUAUGUCUUGUCAGACAGAUGAAAAAUCCAAACUCUUCUAAAGUAAAUCCCCUAAUUUUUGUCAACAAGUUAUACAAACUCUGUUCCUCUACUGAUACUAGAGGUGCUUCUACUUCCAGAGCAUGGGAAAACAACUGAAUGUUUAUUUCAUCUUUUCAUAACGCCAUUCUCUCUCUAUUUGCAUAAUAUCUUAAGGAAGUAGGCCCAAGUCACAAAUCCCUAAGUCUGUAAAAGAGAACUGAGAAUUCCAGCCCCAGUUUUGAAUCAUGUUUAACUGUUUUUGCAUCAUUUGAUGCAAAAUGAACUCUUCUGUAUCCCUUAACAAGGAUACUCCAAGGACUGGAGCUGAAAAAGUCCAUCCAGCACCACCUUGUUGUAGCAAACAGCGAAUAGUGCAAGCAGUGAGAGCACACUGGGUUUGGCAGUCACCUGUGGGAAUGUGGAACCACAGCAGCCUUAGGGGCAGGGUGGCAACAGCAUAAACAGCUGGGACAGACCUUUAAAAGACAGUCAGUCCUGUUUCUCCCAGCUGUUCCUGUAUGUGUAUGCAUGAGUGUGCUUAUCUGCAUUUAGACACACAUAGGUGUAGGUGCACUUUUAUACCUGAAGAUUUUGUUGGCCAUCUUCAAAGCCUGGCUGGCAUAUGGCAAAGGAAACUGAAAACCUCAACCACAAAGCUAUAAGCCACAAGUAUUUCCAUCUCCUCUACUUGCACACACAGCUCAGCAUCCACAAAGCAGCCUUGUGCUACAGCCCCCAUGCCCUUUAAGCCUUCAGCAUAAACAGUGAUGAUCUGUUUGUGUUUUCUUCCCACACCAUGCUUUAUAUACAUAUGGAGGGGAAAUGCCAUGGGGCGCACUCCUGCCUUUCCAGCUCUGCCUCUUGGCUCCCUGAAGCACCACUUGCCAGAACAGCCUGGAACCAGGGCAACUCAUAAGACCCGUACAGCCAGUGACUCCAAGUCUGCAAAGACAACAAGAAAGAGCACCACAGGAAGUAUCAAUUUCUAGCAGUCACCAUCCACAGAAAUACCUCCCAGCCACUCUUCUCACCCCACAACAGGACUGUCCAGCCAUCAGAGUCUAUUCCUCAUAUCCUAUAGAAAAGAAUUACAGAUAAUUUUUAAUACCUGAUCAUUCCCUGUGGCAUACAUACUUGACUGUACCUUACAAAUUGGUAAUUGAAACCUUUAUCUCCUCAACAGAAAAUAAAGUUUUUCUGAGUUUGUUUCCCUCCUCCCAUUACUGUGUGUAGUGUAGGAAAAAGAUUUAUUCCUUCGGAAUGUGCUUGGACUGCCCAGGUUAAUUUAACAGAGACUGUUAAUGUAAUAAUAAAAAUAU